UUGUCCUGUGUUUAGGUGGGUCUUGUCUGAUGCACAAUUCAGAAGAAGAGCCACCCCGUGAGAAGAAGAGGAAGGAGGAGGAGGAGGAAGAAGAAGAGGGCUCUCUGGAAUCGCGCUUGACAGGUGAUUUGCUUCUCAACUGUGUGGCUAGAGCCUCGAGAACAGAGCUCGCGGCCUUAUCUCUGGCCUCCAAGAGCUAUCGCUCUCUAGUAGCGUCCCCCGAUCUCUACAAGAUCCGAUCCCUGAUCGGUCGCACCGAAACAUACGUCUACGUAUGCAUACGAACCCCAGGUCCAGAUUCAGCCAUUCCCUGGUUCAUUCCACCUCCCGACCCAACCCUAGGCUGGUAUAUCCUCCGCCGUGGCAAAACCUCGUCUGAUCUGAUUCCAAUCCUCUCGUCCUCUCUGCCUCUGGAAGGAUCCUCAGUGGUGGUGCUGGACUGGGGAAUCUACGUAAUCGGUGGAUUUAUUAUAAACGGAGAGGAGCAGCAGCGCCGCAGUUCCGACGUGUGGCUGUUGGAUUGUCGGACUCACACUUGGCGGACUACUAUCCCUUCCAUGGGAGUGGCUCGAGCUUACGGGGCUGCUGGCGUUGUAGACGGGAAGAUUUACGUGUUGGGAGGACUGAAUGUCAUCGAUGGUAACUGGGGACAAGUGUUCGACCCGAAGACUCAGACUUGGGAUACUUUGCCGCCGCCAAUGCCUAAAGGGAAGAUUGUCAAUAAUUUGAAUAUCCACGCCAGUUUUGUGAGGGAUCAUAAGGUUUACGCAGUGGAUGGAAUGAACAGAACCUAUUACUACUCGCCGAGGGAAGUUAAAUGGGGAACUGGGAACCGUGAUCAACCCAAAGGAAGCCGAAGGGAUUGGUGUAUGAUUGAUAACUUGAUUUAUUGUGUUAGUAGAAACGGGACUAUAUUUUGGUGCGAGCCAGAUGAGUUGGAUUUGCGUGGCAGCGGCAGCGAGGAGGAGGAGAUUAUUAUGGAUACAAAAGAUGUCAAGGGUUUGGGCUACUCUAUGAAAAUGAAUCUCUUUCUUUCGAAACUUGUCCACGUUGGUGACCAGUUCCUACAUCGGUGGGAACAAACUAAGAUCCAUAAUGGACAUCCGCCGCCAAAUAAGAGGAGGAGUUUGGUAGAAUCCGAGAGUUGGAAGGUUUAAUUCCAGGUGCCAGACUGAUCAACUCUGGUGGUGGCAACAUGGUGCUUUUCUGGGAUCACUUCGUAGACAUGGAUCGCCUUGAGAUUUGGUGUGCCGAGAUUUCCUUGGAGAGACGCCAAGACGAAGGAGGAGGAGGCGAUGAGAUUUGGGGCAAAACUGAGUGGUCUAAUGUUGUCAUGACCUUUGAACCUUGGCGACAUCACCACAAGCUUUUGCAUUCUGUUUCUAAAUUCAAUGUAAGGUGAAGCUCACUCCGGCAACAAGGAUGGAUACCCCUUCACCAUCAUCCUCUUUUUCUCGUCAUACAUCGGAGAGUCCAAAUGUUAAGAGGAAAGUUGAAAGCGCCUUUGGUCUCUUCUGCGUCUUGAGAAAGGGAACCCGUGGGGGAGAUGA